UUGAAAAGCAAGGUCAAAACAAAAUUUCCAGAAAGUUUCUUUCAACUGAUCAUCUAAUAAAAAAGUGAUGUAGUAACAAGUUGCUAGACAAUUUGUCGACACGAUAUCAACCCAGUCUAACUUAUAUCAAUAAGUCAUAACUUAAACAUUAAUUUGUGAUUAAAAUCAUCAUCAUUCAUCAUGGAUAUGGGUGACAUGUUCAGAAGGUUGUUUGGUUUAAGAAGUGCACGGAGAUCAGACAGAUUUGUGGAUGCUGAUGACAGUGAUGAUGAUGAUUCUUUUCACAAUCACAUGAAUGACAACAGUAAAUACAAUGAGAACGACGACGACACAGGAAUGGGCAUUUUUUUUGGUAGCCUAAAUGGCCUUGAAGACAUGUUUGAACAUUUUCAUGGUGAUAUGCAGAGACAGAUGGAGGCUAUCCAGAAAGAAAUGGAAGAUAUUAUGAGAGGAUUUGGAGCUGUAGACUUUUCAUCAGUCUUUCAUGGACCAACAUUUAGAGAAAUAGAGCCCAGCAAAGAUAGUAAAGCAGAAGAUAGCAGUCCCAAAAUUUGGUUUGGUUCUGUUUCACCUUUUUUCAACAAUGGACUUCGUAAAGAAAAACAAAGUCCCAGAGAUUUUAUGCUGAAAGAAAAUUAUUUGGACACCCCAAAAGCUAUAGAAACACCUUCAAAAGGCUAUGAGGCACCUAUCUUGGUGCCUCAUGGUGAUGAUCUUAGAUCAACAGAUUCAGACCUUGAUGGUAAAAUCAGCGAAGAUAAGCUCAUUGAUCUCAUUAAGAAACCUAAUGUGGUAGAACCCAGUCACCCAGAACAAAGGCAGCCUUCUUUCUUUUCUACUUCCAAAUCUUAUAGUUUCUCAACUUUCAGAGGCCCAGAUGGGAGAAUUGAAGAGAAAAGAGUUUCAAGAGACUCCAGUGGCCGUGAAGAAAGUACAGUAACUAUGAAGCUAGGCGACAGAGCAUACAGUGUGACAGAGGUUACUCAUCCAGAUGGUAAACAUGAGAAGAGGGAGUCGUACAAUAAUGUGGAUGAAAAGGAUCUCAGCAAGUUCCUAGAAUCAUGGAGUAAGCCAAAUGGAAGUCUGAUGCCCCCACCACAACACUCAGAUCUUGACUCCAAGGAUGUAGAUUUAUUUUCCAAAUUAUUUGGCAGAAAAUUUUGAUGAAGAGGAUGCCAGAUGAUCCAGCAAUUAAUUUAGACAAUAAAAAAAUGGAAUAAAAAUUGUCUCCAUAAGAAAACUUGACAAUUUCAAGACAACAUUUAUUCAAAAUGUCUCAAGCUGCACUCUUGAAACUUUUCAAUUUAUACAAACCUGUCAGGAAACUGAACCAGAUUAAUUAUUCUAAAUGUGUACUAAAAAGUUUUUCAUAAUCUUGUCUGUUAUCCUUGUCAUAACUAUGUUAGUGCUAUCAUAUUGAUAGUUACUAAUAUAAGUUAUAUAAACAAAAGUAGUAGCCCCUUGUCAUUUUGUGCCAAUGUUUCUAUGAACCUUACCUAUAUAGCUCACUGGUGAUUUAUUUCUACCUUACCAUUGGUGGUUUGUCUUUGCAACAAAAACACAGUGAUUAGAGUAAGUAAAAGCUAUAGACCAAACUGUUCUAGGUUAACUGUUGUAAUAUCAUAUUUAGUCCUUGACAUUCAUUGUCAGCCAUUCUGCAGUUAAAUGUAACUAGAAAUACAGUUGAAUGUAACUAGAAAUAAUGUUUAUGUCUAACAAUGAAGAAAUAAUAGUUAUAAAGCUCAAAAUCUUAAUUCGUAACAUCACAUUAUAAAAUAUUUAUGGCUAAUGCUAUGUUCUUUAUAUAAAAGAAACAAAACAUGUUUAUUAUAAAGAGAACAGAUUGUUAAUAAUUGUUUAUUCAACUAGAAACUAGAUUAUCCAUAGUGCUAAUCUUUAACAUUAAAACCAAAUGUUUGAUCAAACCUU